AUGGCUGAAGCUAUGUAUGACAAGAAUUUUGGAGGGUACCGAGUGUUUAUUGGGGAUUUAGGUUCUCGAACGUCGAAAUAUGAGUUAGAAAAACAGUUUGAUUACUAUGGACCUCUCUUCGAUUGCUGGGUGGCAAGAAAUCCACCAGGUUUUGCCUUUGUCGUUUACAAACAUGCGGAAGAUGCUGAUCGAGCUGUGAGAGAAUUAGAUGGCAGAGUUAUCUGUGGUCGUCGCGUGCGAGUUGAACAUGCGCGACCGUCAGGAGGUAAAAAGCCUCCACCAACAUUCGCAAAUCGAUUUAACCAACGUUCACCGCGCACUACUAGAUCCCCAUCAAGAGGAGAACGCGAUAGUAGACGGAGUCGUACAAGGUCACGAUCUCGUGAAAGAAAUGAUGAAAAAACAAGAAAGAAAACAUCACAUCGUCGUUCAAGGUCCCACUCGAAAAAAGCAAAACGAAGCAAACAACGACGUGGUUCAUCAACUAGAACACGCUCUCGUUCAACAGAAAAACGAUCAAAACGACGUAGCAGUGAAUCAUCUCGUGAACGCUCGAGAAGUCGUCACAAACGACGAUCAUCUGAUGAUGAGAAACCAACGAGCAAACGUCGAACACGCAGUCCAAGUGCUGAUGGUGAAGCAGAGGUCAAAUCGCCUCCUAUUGAAGAACGUCGCGAGGAUAAUCGAGACGAUGAUGAACAUUCUGAAACAAACAAGAAACCAUCAAAGAACCGAAAGAGACGCUCAUCAUCAAAUGUUAGUGGCGAAAGAGAGUCAGACGAUGAAACUGAUAAUCGAAUGAAUGAUGAUAAUGAACCACGUACAGACGAAGAAGAAGAACGUGAAGAACGAUCUCAUUCACGUUAA